GCCUCGGCUCCCCGGGCCGCGCCAGAGCUGAGGACCGGCGCGGAGAGCGCCGGGGAGCCGGGAACCGAGACUGAACACCGCGAUGCCGAUCACCUCUUGCCGGAGCUCGGGGCCCUGGGUCGUGCCGGCCGAGGUGUGAUCGGACCCCAGGCUGGCCACAAAGGGUCCAGCAGCUUGGCCCGGAGGCUAGGAGAGCGAGGGGAGAGCGGGGCCACCCGCCUCGGCGGCCCGGGACUCGGCUCGACUCGACUCGCCGGAGAAUGCGCCCGAGGACGACGGAGCGCCGGAGCCGCGGUGGUUUCAACUGGCUAGCGCUAAUGGGGGUGCGCCGGAGUAAAGCAGAGUGAUGCGGGGGGGCAACUCGCCCGGCACCGAGAUCGCCGCUGCGCCCUUCCCCGGACCCGGCGUCGCCCAGGAUGACUGCCCCGAGCCAUGGGCCGCGGCGGAACUAGCGCGGAGCGCCCGACCCUCGCCCCCCGAGUCCCGGAGCCGGUCCCGCGCGGGGCCACGCGUCCCGCAGGCGCUGGUUCCUAAGGACAACGACAGCACCAGCUUUUCCUUUCUCCUUUCCCUUCCCUGCCCCGCACUCCUCCCCCUGCUCACUGUUGUUGUGUGUCAGCACUUGGCUGGAGACUUCUUGAACUUGCAGGGAGAAUAAUUUGCGCUCCCCACUAAGUGCCGGUGUCUGCCCCAGCAGACCCAGCCUUGCCGCCUCCGAACCCCGCCGGACCUCCACUCCUACGCCGGGCGCGACCCCGAGACGCCGUUCCUUGCGUGAGGAGAGGGAUUGCCCAGCCGGCACCGGGGAGUAGAAGGAGGCAAAGGAAAGGAACUCGGUCCCUGCGCCAGGUCCUUCGGCCAGAGCGUUUUCCAUGUGGAGGCUCUUUCAAUGGACGUGUCCCCGCGUGCUUCUUAGACGGUCUGCGGUCUCCUAAAGGUCGACCAUGGUGGCCGGGACCCGCUGUCUUCUAGCGUUGCUGCUUCCCCAGGUCCUCCUGGGCGGCGCGGCCGGCCUCAUUCCUGAGUUGGGCCGGAGAAAGUUCGCGGCGUCAACUGGCCGCUCCUCGUCCCAGCCCUCGGAUGACAUCCUGAGCGAGUUCGAGUUGCGGUUGCUCAGCAUGUUCGGCUUGAAGCAGAGACCCACCCCCAGCAGGGACGCCGUGGUGCCCCCCUACAUGCUAGACCUGUACCGCCGGCACUCAGGCCAGCCGGGUGUGCCCGCCCCGGACCACCGGCUGGAGAGAGCAGCCAGCCUCGCCAACACGGUGCGCAGCUUCCACCACGAAGAAUCUUUGGAAGAACUGCCAGAAAUGAGUGGAAAAACAACCCGGCGAUUCUUCUUUAAUUUAACUUCUAUCCCCACCGAGGAGUUUAUCACCUCAGCAGAACUUCAGGUUUUUCGGGAACAGAUGCAGGAAAAUUUGGAAAACAAUAGCAGUUUCCAUCAUCGAAUUAAUAUUUAUGAAAUUGUAAAACCUGCAGCAGCCAACUCGAAGUUCCCCGUGACCAGACUUUUGGACACCAGGUUGGUGAAUCAGAAUGCAAGCAGGUGGGAGAGUUUCGAUGUCACCCCUGCUGUGAUGAGGUGGACCGCACAGGGCCUCGCCAACCACGGAUUUGUGGUGGAAGUGGCCCACUUAGAGGAGAACCACGGUGUCUCCAAGAGACACGUUAGGAUUAGCAGGUCUUUGCACCAAGACGAGCACAGCUGGUCACAGAUAAGGCCACUGCUAGUAACUUUUGGCCAUGAUGGGAAAGGACAUCCUCUGCACAAGAGAGAAAAGCGUCAAGCGAAACAUAAACAGCGCAAACGCCUUAAGUCCAGCUGUAAGAGGCACCCUUUGUACGUGGACUUCAGUGAUGUGGGAUGGAAUGACUGGAUCGUAGCCCCGCCAGGGUAUCAUGCCUUUUACUGCCAUGGGGAAUGCCCUUUCCCUCUGGCUGACCACCUGAACUCCACUAAUCACGCCAUUGUUCAGACGUUGGUCAACUCAGUUAACGCUAAGAUUCCUAAGGCAUGCUGUGUCCCAACGGAACUGAGUGCUAUCUCCAUGCUGUACCUUGAUGAAAAUGAAAAGGUUGUAUUAAAGAAUUAUCAGGACAUGGUUGUGGAGGGUUGUGGGUGUCGUUAGCACAAC